UAGUCCACUUCAUAUUUCAAAGCUACCAGGUUUGACAUUAAAUCAAAAACUUCGCUUAAAACUGGCCAUUCUGUAGACGAUUACGAUUUUUUCUAGUAAUGUCCCAUCCCUAGAAAGUCACGUGACCAGCUUGCGUUUGAGCGCACUAACAGGUAUGGAAAUUAGUAAAUUUUAUUAGAAAUUUAGUUAUAUUUUCGACAUUAUUGUAGAAAUAAGCUAUUGUAAAUAGAGGCUGUAAAUAUAACGUAUAUAGUUUAAAGAUGAGUUUGGGUGCGCGCGCCACCAAGGGUGGUGCGAAGGGGGGCGCUAAGGACAGCAAGCAUGCACAGGACACCCGGAAGAGCACAGACAAAACCCAGAGCAAGGAGAAGGUGAAACCACAGGUGCUGGAGCUGAUGGAGAUGACAUGUCGUACCGAGGAGGAAGUGUGCUCGGCACUUCACGACUCGGACAACGACAUGGUCGUCGCCUGCAACCUGUUACUCGAAGAGAGCCAGCGGAUACAGGGCGAGUGGCAAACAAGUGAGAAAAAGAAAAAGAAGCCACCAGCUCCCGCGGGCAACGGCGAGUUAGACCCACCACGGGACCCACGCAGCCGAGGGUCGGGCGAGCGGGGCGAGCGCGGCGAGCGGGCGCCAGUGUCGGAGCGCGCGGCGGGCCCGGAGCGCGCGCGCGCGGCGAGGGCUCGUGGCGCGGGGGGCGGGGCGCGCCGCGCGGCCGCGGGGGCGCGCGCUCGGCGGGGGGCGCCGCCCCGCCGCCUGCGCCCCGACCGGGACCCCAACUGCUGGAACGACCCACAGCCCGCCGGUGGCAACAACAUCGUCGACACAUUCCCCACCACAGAAGACUGGGACAACGAGGAGUGGUCCGGUUCCCUAUCAGAUACCAAGGUGUUCACCCCGAGCGCGGCGGCCGCGCCGCCCGCAGACCUGGCCGCGCCCGCGCCCGCACCCGAGUGGGAGGGCACGGAGGGCGGAGGUCCGCUGGAGGCGCACAUACCCACAUACACGUACCACAACUCCGCGCACAUACCCGCGCACCCGCACCAUCAACUGCGAGAGCAGCAAAUAAACUCAGUAAGCCGGCAGUCGCCGGUGAGCGUGGCGCCGGUGGUGGUGGCCAGCGUGGCUAGUGUAGCGGGUGUGGCGGGCCCACCCGGCAACAACACGCAGCCCCCGCCCCCCGCCACCCAGCCCGACACACAGCCCGCGCCAGACACGUACCACCACCAGGUGCACCACCAGCCCAUGGGUAUGUCAGGCAGUCUAACGGCGGCGCAGUCACAGUACCUAUCGCAACUCACGCAACAAUCGCAGAGGCAUGACAAUAGUGUGUACACGUCCAACUACGGCGUGUACGGCUCCACAGACAUGUCCAGUCAGAGGAAACCACAGCGGGCGAGAGUACCGCCGCCCUCUAAGGUCCCGUCCCUGGACGCGUCCCUGGCGGCGUCCAUGAAGCAGCUGUCGGCGGACGGCCCGCCGCACGCGCCGCACCACCACCGCGCCAAGCCGGCGGGCCAGCCGGCGGUGUACGCGGCGCACGCAGUGUCGCACCACCCGCCCGUCUACGGCGCCAACGUAUACGCGCCGCAGCAGGUGAACUCGACGGUGGCGUCCCUGACGGGCGGGUCGGGCAUGUCGGUGACGUACGGCGGCGGCAGCGGCGCGCUGAGCCAGUACGGGCCCAUGCUGUCGUCGUACGUCACGUCGCCGUCCGCCGCCGCGUACGCCGGCUCGGCGCUGUACACGCCCGCGCCGUACGCGCCCUACACGCCCGCCAUGCCCAAGCAGCCCGCCAAGGAGAACGCACAGGGUGGUUACUACGAGGUAGGCUACGGCGGUCGGGACGCGACGUUUGGCCUCAGCGCCGGCGAACGAUUCGGACGGACUGACGCCGCCUCGCCUCAACAGUACGGCGGUGGCUCCAACGUGGGUGGAGUAGGCGGAGUGGGCGGAGUCGGGGGAGUUGGCGGAGUGUCGGGGCAAGGCAAGGUCUCCACAUACACGCAACAACAACCUUACGACGCACAGGACUCAUACAAACCUGGUGGCCCGUACAGUGGUACGGCGAACAAGUCGGCAGGCGGCGCGGCCGCGGAUCUCACUAACGCCAUGUAUGCCAAGACUCAUGUCGCACUCAACAAGGUCAACAGUUACGAGAAGGCGUCGUUCCACAGCGGCACGCCGCCCCCGUUCGGCGGCGCGUCGCACCUGUACAUCCCCGCGCCCCCCCACCACCACCCCCACCACCACGCGCCCCAGCAGCACCAGGAGAGCGGUGCGGGAGGCGGGCGCGCGUCGUCCAGUAAGCCGGCCGCGAGCAAGCCGAGCUACUCGCAGUCGUACUGGGCGCCUAACUAGCCAGUCUACAGGCGCGGGUCGGGCGGUCCUCCGAUGUAUACCUAGCUCAAUACUGAACAUAACACGCGACACCCAACCAGCAUUACUAUAUAAAUUCAUUGUGUAAAGGCAUCGCCGCCGUCACAAACCUACGUUUUUUUUUCUUUUUUUUAACAAGAUGUCGUGGUAAAGUGAUGCAAUAUAAUUAUGUAUUCUAUUCGUUAAGCGUCGUGGCGACGUCGGUGCACUCUCAUCUCAUUCGUUAAGUCCGCUAUCAUAGGUUUCAAUUGUUUAAAAGAAAUUACCUCUAGUGCUAUGUAUAUCUUAUAAAGUAUGUAUAUGUAUGUAAGCAUUUGGUACGCUAUGCGCGCCGAAGUUUUUUAUUUAGUUGACAUACUUUUUGUAAUUAACACUUAUUAUUAAAAAAUGAUUAAAGAGAUGUCAUAGGACGAUAAUCGUAAUUGUAACGAGUAUCAUAGUCGAGCUCUUUUAUAUGUGGAAGAAUGCAGUUGUGAUGAUCUCGCGGGCAUUUGAAAGUAUGACGGAUUACACAUAUUGGAACUUGAACGACUUUUAUUUUAUUUUUACCUUAAACACCACUUUGUACCAGAAAUCAAUCGAAUAAAGUUUGUUUUUUUUUUCUAUUUGUA